AUGGAGACCAUCAACCUCCUGCGCGCUCGGAACAAUGCUCUCAAGGAGCAGCUGCUCGACGUCGACACGAACUUCACCGACCACGUGCAAGCGCGGCAGCGGAAGAUCCAGGAGCUCACCCUGGCGGUCGAGAGCGCCUCCGCAAUCAAAGCACAGCUUGAAGCGACCGUGGAGUCGGAGAGAGGCGACCGCCGGCGGCAGGAGAGGGACCAGCAGCGCCAGAGGGAAGCGGAGGCCGCCGCCUAUCAGGAGACCAUAAAAGCUCUCACAUCUGAGGUGGAGAGCUUGCAAGGGUAUUCUGGCGAGAGGGACCGCGUCAACGCCCAGCUCGCGGCGCUCGAAGUGGCAAACGCGGAGCUUCAGGAUCAGCAAGAGAUAAAGGUCGGCUCGUUCGCGCGCUGGUUUGACAUGGAAACGUUCAGCUGGUCGUCCACGACGAUGAUCGACUCGCCGCCAUGCAAUGCAGGAUGGUUUGCGGCGAUGCCUCUAAUCGCUGGCUGCGACGAAGUUGCUGCUGGUCUUCAAUCGCUGAGGAAGAAGCUCUCGGAGGUUGAAGCGGCAAAGAAAGACGAGGUCGCCCGGUUGGUGCUCGAGGCGAAGGAGAACAUGCGCGAUGAGGUCGAAAUCGCGUUCGGGGGCGCGCACGAACGCCUCCUUAAGGAAAACCAGGAGCUGAAAGACAAACUGAAGCAGCUCGACUCCAAGCUUCAGGCGAGCUUAGCUUGUCAGCCUUUCUCGCCAACGCUCAUUGUUCUGUCGGAGCUUGCGCACGAGACCGCGGAAAAGGCGGGCCUGAAGACGGAGCUGGAGAUAGUCAGAGCCAUGGAGAGCAAAUCGGCGGGGAAAAUCAAGUACUACAUGAGGAUGUUGAAACGGAGCGCCGCCGAGCUCGCUCAUCAGUGUGAGAGUGGCGGUCACGACAGAGGGUACGGAUCAUCAUUUUUCCACGACCAUGGAGGGAAUGCCGCCGCUGCCGAUGAGGCAUCGAACCCACGAGGAUGCCAGUCGUCCGGCUUAGAAGGAAGAAGCAAGACGGGGGCAGGAAGAGGAGACGGGAUAAGGAAGGCGACGUCUAAGGGGGGCACAAGACCGGGGACCGCGCCGGCCAAAGUUCGCCCAGGCGGGGUCGGGGUCGGGGGAAGAGAAGGCGGCGGCCAUGGAAACAACGGCAAAGCAGGAGAGCCGGCAGCCCUCAACAGCGCAAGUUUGAUUGACGAAGAUUUUGCACGUCAAAGCAGCGGUUGCUACUGCUGCUGCAGGGGCGGCGGCGGUGGCACCGGCUGUGAACAAAACAGCCACCCACAAACCCCAACCGAUAAACCAAAUCAACUGAGGAAAAGGAGGGCACAAACCGCGGCACGAUUCCGAGCCAGCGCCCCAGCUGACAACGGCGGCGGCAGCUACGGUAGCCGCUGCUGCUGUGGCAGUGGAGGCAACGGGGCAAGAACCGGGAAACGCUGCAGCACUUGUGCAGGGGGGACCACGAGACAUUCCAGGAGAAGGGCUCAGACCGCGGGCAGGUCUCGAGCACGGUCGACCGCGAACGGCUCACCCCAGUACAACAUAUGUGGGCGCAACGACAACCCCGUACCAGAAACACGCCCCCCGCCAUCGCACUCCAGGUCUCCUCCUCUUGGGAGCGGCGGCGACGGCGGGGGCGACGCAGAAUACGUUCCCGUCGUGGCCGCCGACGGCAGCGUCGACCAAGCCCCGACGAGGGGCACGGCUGAUGUGGUCGACACCAUCGGCCGACACGCGCAGAGAAGAACGCCGCAGGCGGGGGCAGGGUGGGGAGGUGCCAGCGAUGGCCAGCACCGCGACGGGAGACCGGGGCAGCAAAAAAUCGAGGAGAACGAGGCUGCUGCUGUUGCUGCCGCCGCUGCUGAAGGAAGGAAGGCGGGAGGACGAGGAGGACGAGGAGGAGGAGAAGAGGUGCUUCUGGCCGAAAGGAGGGUUCCGCAGGCACCGACGUGCGAGGCGGCACGGCCACCAAACGGUGGCAGCAGGAGCGGUGGGCAGCAAGAAAUGAAGCACGACGUGGGGGCGGCGGCGGCGGCGGCGGCGGCGGCGGCGGCGGAAGUAGCAGCGGUGAAUGGAGGGGCAGUGGGAGAUCUCCCCCCCUCCCGCUGCCCGAAGGAGGGGGUCAGCAUGGAAAGAUCGGGGUCGGCAGGGGACGGGCGAGCUGUGCAGUGUUGGCGGGACUUGGACGAAUACCUUCAGCUUCGCGGCGGUGGCAAGACGUCUCGUGCGGAUCGUCCGGCCACUUGCGGUGGAACCCGGCAAAGGAGCCCCCGAAGGCCACCAGUUGCGAGUCACCAGACGAAGUAUGCCCUCCGGCAUAACCAGCACCACCAGCGCAACACAGGGCGAAAUCUCUUGCACUCAGGUUUCCACGGUGGCCAAGGGGAGAGUUCCGAUCCCUACAAACGGCGAUCGAGUCGGCCGAGGCCUUGGACGGCUGGCGCCCAUCUCUGUCAUGGCAGUGGCGGCGGCGGCCGCGGGAAACAGAACUGGUGGGAUAGGUUAGGAGGGAAGGGCGGCAAUGGAGUGGAAGACAAUGGAUCGCGUUGCAAGGGGGGGGUGGAAACCCGCGGCGGCAGGCUUUGGGGGGACCACGAUGAGAACCGUGAGCACGAGUUGUUCCAAACUCUCAUCAGAAGGGAAGAUCCGGAGAAGGAUGCAGCCAACAGCUGGACACAGCAGGGCCCUGACCUCGACAACGAGUCCGCUCUUCGAGUCGACGAUCACCGCAGGAACAGCGAUCUCGCCGUCGGUCAGCAGUCGUGGGGGGAAGAAGAAACGCUUCUCAGGGCGGUGGACGACGGUGACCUGGACCUGCUCUCACCCCGUGGCAGGCAACAACAAGAUAACUGCCAUAACCCUCCUUCAAGAGCCGCAAGAGCACGGGCGGCGCUUGCCGUCGCAGCGAAGGCGGGCCCCUUCGCCGCCAGCCCGCCGCGCCCGCAACAGACGGUGCUCGUGCGGGAGAGGCUCGGCGGCGUCGGCACCGGCGCGCCGACGGCACCCCGACAGUCGGAGAUCGAUGCGGUCGCCGCCGAGGAAGCUGCCAAGGAGGUGAUGGAGGCCGCCGCCGCCCAAAGAGCGGCGCAGAGGCUAGCCGCGGCGGUGGCGGCGGCGGCGGCGGCGGCGGCGGCGGCGGCUCAACUAACCAGGGAAGCGGGUGAUGUUGGCGUUGGUAUGGCUGCGGCGAUGGCGGGAGGAGCGGGAGCGACAACGGCGGUGGAGAAUGCAACUGACGAGGGUGGAGACGGCGGCGAUGACGGUGGUGGUGCCUCUGGCGGCUUCUCUCGGCAAGACAUGAUGAUGAUGGCCGGGGAACCCGCCGGACAGGGAGAAGCGGGAGGGACGACUUCUUCUUGAACCACGGCGACACCCCCCUCGCGGGGUUCACUUUAUUUCUAACACCUAUUGGAGGAGUGUAGUGGAUCGGAGGACUGUAAGGGCGGUGAGCCACGGCUAUGUUUAGUAAAGCCGCUCGGGUACACCAUGUUGAAAAUCACAAGAGCAUUUGCAAGGUAGGACUUUUGGAAGAGAUGUA